AUGAGGGAGCUCAUUCGGGAGUCCAUCUUCGGCCAAACUAUACGCUUGGUCACCAAAAGAAAUUUCCUCCAGUAUCCCGAGGAGCUGGACCCGUCGUUAUGGAAACAAUACAUCGACUGUGAGAAAUCCGGACGACCGGCGCUCCGAAGCGUCUCCUUGCCCACUCGAAGGGCCUCUGAGGAAGAGUCGGAAGACGAACGCAAGCGAAGCGUCGAUGUCGAAAAGGAAGGGAACGACUCUGACACACAUUCGCCGACUCGGACAAACCAGACAGAUGCCAUUGCAGAUCCGGAAAAUGGAAAAGAAACACUACUAGUUACUUGGUACGGGCCAAAUGACCCUGCUAACCCGCAAAAUUGGUCGGUAGGCAAAAAGUUCUUCGUGACGUUUGAAAUCUGUCUCUUGACUUUUAGUAUCUACAUCGGCUCCGCAAUUUACAGUGCCGGUAUCGUCGAUGUUAUGCAGAAGUUCCGCGUCUCCCAGGUGGCUGCAACUCUGGGCCUGACUUUGUUUGUCGCUGGCUACGGAGUUGGUCCGAUGAUUUGGUCACCCAUGUCGGAGAUCCCGACCAUCGGUCGUAAUCCCGUUUAUUUCCUCACGCUUGUUGUCUUUGUCGUUUUCCAAGUCCCCACUGCCCUUUCAGUCAACUUUGGAAUGCUUCUCGCCUUCCGUUUUCUGACUGGGUUCUUCGGCUCGCCUGUCUUGGCCACCGGCGGAGCUAGUGUCGGUGACAUGUAUGCUCCGCGCAAGCGCGCUUACGGAAUGGCAGUCUGGGGAAUUGCGGCCGUAUGCGGGCCUACGAUGGGACCUCUAAUUGGCGGCUUCGCUGCCCAAGCCAAGGGCUGGACGUGGACCAUCUGGGAACUGAUGUGGCUUUCCGGGUUCUGCCUGAUCUUCAUCUUCUUUUUCUUGCCCGAGACCAGUUCGACGAACAUCCUCUACCGCCGCACCCGCCGCCUCCGCAAACUCACCGGGAAUCCCAAUUUAAAAUGCGAACCCGAGAUCAUGGCAGAGCACAUGACGGGAAAAGAGAUUGCGCUGAUGACGCUGGUACGGCCGUUCACGCUCAACUUCACGGAGCCCAUGGUCUUCCUGCUUAACCUUUACAUCGCUCUCAUCUACGGCCUGCUCUACAUCUGGUUCGAAUCCUUCGUCAUAGUCUUCGUCGAAAUCCACGGCUUCAACCUGGGUCAGCAGGGGCUCGCUUAUCUCGGCAUCUUUGUUGGUGCGCUCCUCACUAUUCCACCUUUCUUCAUCUACCUCUACAGGGUGCAGGAGAAGCAGUUCAACGAGCGCGGCGAGAUCCAGCCGGAGAAGCGACUACCGCCCGCCUUCGUUGGUGCCUUCUGUGUGCCCAUCUGCCUGUUCUGGUUCGGAUGGAGCGCGCGUCCGGAUGUUCACUGGAUCAUGCCCAUCAUCGGUAGUGGCUUCUUCAGCAUCGCCGCGACGCUGCUCUUCAAUUCCGUGCUCAACUAUCUCGCCGACGCGUACCCGGACUACGUCGCUAGCGUGCUGGCUGGUAAUGACAUCAUGCGUUCUUCGUUUGGCGCUGGCUUCCCGCUGUUCGCGAAUGCAAUGUACAAGAAUUUGGGCGUUGCAUGGGCGAGCAGCACACUUGCGUUUUUGGGCAUCGCUUUCAUCCCGAUUCCGUUCGUGUUGUACAUUUUUGGUGAGAGGAACGAAGGAAAGAAGGAAGCCAUGAGUAAACCGGUCGAACAAGCGCUUGUCGGCCUCGUACCCGCGCACAAUGGUCCCCUCCCAUCCGAGUUGCUAAGCGUCGCCGUCUCACUCCUCGCGCAAUCGCGUAGCAAAGCGAGCAGCCUAAGGCCCGAGGAGGAGAUUGCCCGAACAUAUGCAUGCGCGCAUCUGGCAUGCGAGAGAUUAAAACAACGUCUUAACCUCCCCCCUAUCGUCCCGCGCCCGCCAAUUCCUCCCCGCGCCUACAAGAAAGUCUACAACUACUUCGACAGCGCCCUCACCAUCUCCUCCUCACAGCCUCAAACCCCAAGCAGACGCGCCGCCCGUGCUGCCGCCGCCGAGUCCUCUGCUACCACACCAACGAGCAAACGCACACCAGCCGCUACAACCGCCGCAACACCGUCCCGAACUCCCGCCAGAACGGCAUCACACGGAGGGCGAGCAGGCGCACGCACGCCCACAGCCGCGUCAGCAAGAAGAAGUACCGCUGCUGGUGGCGAGUAUGACGAUGAUGGAGUGGUGCCGGCAUACGUGACCCCGCUCAUCCGCGCGCUAAGCAAGGCGCUGGGCACACCGGCGGCGGUGCCACACGUGUAUGCGGGUGUGCGGUCGGUACUCAAGGAAGCGACAACAACAGCUGCUAAUAGCACGCCGUCGCGAUCGUCGGCGAGGAAGCGCCGUAGUGGAGGGCAGGAGGGGAUCGAGACGCUGGCGGCGACGAAUGGCGGGGUCGACGAAAACGACGUCCCGCCGCUUGUGGCCGUGUUGCUGAUGUACACAAUCAUCAGGUUGAGCGGGAGGCCGACGCGCGCCACAGAGCAUCGGGGGAGGAAGGAGGAGGCGGUGAGAGUGUUGGCAGAGUGCGAGGCGUGUGAGGGGCUGGCGGAAGAGGAGUUGCUGGCACGGGUGGAGCGCUUGCUGGUCGAGGUUAAGGAGAGAGGAUGGUUGGAGAUGGAGUGGUUUGAGAAUGUGGGGCAAAAGGCAGGUGGUGAUGGGGAUGAGGAUGUGGAGAUGGGGGAGGAUGGGGAGGAAGAUGAUGGAUCGGGGCUUGGGAGGGAUUCAGCGGACGUGCCUCCAUAUACUCCAAUGAAGAAGAGAAAAACAGGGGACAAGGGGAUGGACGUGCAGGCUGGUGUGUCUCAGGGCGGACUGGGCACGAUGAUGCAGGAUAAGGUCGAUUAUCUGAGCGAGGCGAGGAGGGCGGGGUUCUUGAGAUGGAAGGCGGGUAUCAUGAAGAGGGUGGAGCAGAUUGAGAGAGAGGAUGGUCAGGCCAUGGAUGUGUCUACUUGA